AACAAGCAACCCAGUUCUAGCUGUAAAAGACUAUGCCCGUGUGAAUAUAUCGACAACAUCAAUAUACUGUAUGAAGGCAAGCUUAAUAACGGGAAAGAAACAACGAUCUAUAUUUGAGUUCUCUCGAACUCGAAUACAGGCUCCAGUAUCGCGAGAAAUUAUAGAGAUCACAUCAGACACCGAAGAUGACUACGUUCGUUGUCCUAUCUGUGAACUUAGCUUGUCAAAUUUAACCAUAAAUGAUAGAACUGAACAUGUUGAUGCGUGUUUGGUACGUGUAACAUUCGUUGAAGAGCCCUUAAAACCACAGAUUUCACCAACUAUAAAGCCAGAUAUCAAAAAGAGAAAGAUUAUUCGAAAGGAACAACCUCAACCUAUUGACCCAGAGAAACUUAAAUACAUCAACAAGGAAAUAGUCACUAAACCGCAAGGUGAAAUUGCCAUUCCUAAAGCAAUCACUAAAUCAAAAACGAAAAGACCUAUACCUCCACUCAAGAUAAUGACAUUCCCUAUCCAAGAAUCUCAGAAGUAUCAAGUAAGCGUGGACGCUUUCUGUUACGCACCUCAUGACACAAUUUCCCAGUAUUUCCUAUCACAUUUCCAUUCAGAUCAUUAUGGAGGUAUAUCCAAGAAAUGGGCUUAUGAAAGAGUCUUUAAGGAUGAUACUGAUUUUGAAAAUGAGUCCAAGUAUCGUAGAAUCAUUUAUUGCAGUGUCAUUACUGGGAAACUCCUAACUUUGCAUUUUUCAAUCGAUCCCAAGUUUAUCAAACAUCUUGAAAUAGAAACACGAUAUCAGAUAAAAAGCUACAUUACCGAUAUAGACGAUGGUGGUUACGAGAGCGAAGAACAAACUCCUGGAUUGUAUGUCACCCCAAUAUCAGCAAACCAUUGUCCUGGAUCUACAAUUUUCUUGUUUGAAUCUAUAGGAUUGGAGAAUAAACGAACCAGAAUCCUACAUUGCGGGGAUUUUAGAGUUAAUUACGAAAUACUUAGUCAUCCUUUGUUAAAGCAGUUUAGUAUUGACCCUAAUAGCAUAUGCCUUGACAAGGUAUAUUUAGAUACAACAUACAUGUCCCCAGCUUACAAUUUCCCUAAACAAGAAUUGGUAUGUGAAACAGUAGCCACCAUGUUCCAAGAUUUAAUGAAAGAAGAAACGAAAUCAACUUCAUUAUUCAGCACUUGGUUUGGGAUAGGCACACAAUCGAGAAUAACUGAUUUUUGGAAAAAAAAAUUUUUGAUUCUAGUAGGAACUUAUGUGAUUGGGAAGGAGAAAUUAGCAAUUGCUAUUCUGAAAAAAUUGAAUUGUCCCAUAUAUAUUCUGAACAUUGGAAGCAGGAAUAAGAAAUGGGAUACUUUAAAGACUUAUGACGAUCAGUAUCUUGAUCUGGUACUCACUACCAAUGAUUUAGGUGAUGAUUCUUCAGAUGCUAUUAUUCAUCUAGUUCCUAUGAAUAUUGUAAGUUCUACUCAAGAACUAUCAAAUUAUUUCAAUCAUAACAAGUAUUUUGAAUAUUUUGAAAGGUGUGUGGGACUAAGACCAACAGGAUGGAGCUUCAGUCCAGGAAACCAUCGAGAAAUCAAGGAUCCAGAAAUUCCAAACCAUUUACAGGAAUUAGAACGAAUUAUGCUGAAAUCGCCUUCAUUUGACUAUUUGAAUAACAUAUUAACACAGGUCACUUCCACUCCAAGCAAGACCAAAGGCAAACCUGACAAACAACUAUAUAGAAUCUACGCAUUACCAUACAGUGAACAUUCCUCAUUUCGAGAACUCGCAUAUUUUGUCAUAUUUUUCAAUAUUAAUAGAGUUAUCCCCACGGUUAAUUGUGAGAAUGAACGUUCAAUCAGAGCCAUGACUGAUAUUAUAGAGACUUGGGAAUUAGCGCGAAGGAUCAUCACCAAUCUGAUUAAACCUUCUGAUGAUGAUGACGUUGUUGUUGACAUGGAGCUAAUUGAGAAGAUUCAACAAUUAUCGCUAAAUUCUUUUUAAUAUAAUGCAUUUCUUUAUAAACUUCCUAUUUACUUGGUUUCUUCACCAACAUAUCGUAUUGAUUUAAAAUUUGUUCACAAGCAGGAGCCUUACAAUCUCCCCAUUGAACUACGAAAUCUCCCUCAGAAUAAGUAAACUUUGAAUCCUCCUUCUUUUUGAAAUUAUGAGCAGCAGCAAUUGUCUUGGCUGGCACAAUGGUAGUUUUACUUAGUAUGAACGGAUGCCAUUGUAAGAUAUGAGUGAUUGCUGAAUCAGGACCAUAGGGGAAACUUUGAUAAUUCAAAUAAAGCUGGUUGCCCCAAAUUUCCAAGAUGGACUUGGCAACAUGAUCAUUUCUUAAAACGAAGGAAGUAGUUUCAAUCAUGGAUUCCGACUGGGUCACAAUUAACUUAAUUGAAUUUGCUCUAACGUUCUUGUAUGUCUUGAUAGCUCCACUUGGGGGAACCAAAGGUUGUUCUCUCAUCAUGAUUGGAUCCAAAGCAUCGUCAUUCAACAUAUACUGCUCGAUAUUAAUGUCCAUAUCCAUGAUCAAACUGUCUUGAUCGACAAACCAAAACCACUUGGCCUUGGGGAAUGCAAAUCUAGCAGCUUGCAUACAAUAGAUACGAACCCAUUUGGCCUUUUCUCGAGUCUGCAAGAAACUUUGUGCAUUCAAUUGUGGUAAAAACUCUUGAGAGUACCUGACAAAGGUUCCAUAAUUUUGAAAAUGGGCAUAGUCAACUCUAUUUUGAAUGAGCUUAGUCAUCCCAUCAAGACUAUAUCUUUCGUAAUCAACAGCAGUGACGAUAAUCACUUGAGGAUAAUCAUCCGGGUUCUUUGGUUUAAAAACAACUUUGUCUUGAUUCUUGAAACUGUUGAUAGCUUUGGAAACAUCGGAAACGGCAUUUUCAGCUUCUUCCUUAGCACGUUGAGUUUCUACAUCAGGAUCAUCCAACGAGUUCAAUGACUUGAUUAAAGUUUUCUCAAUUUCUGGAAAAUUGGAAUCUCUAACACGAGACACUUUCAUGAUUCUGUCAAGUGGUAACCCUUUAAGAUACGGAGAAAGUUCUAAUGCAGGAUAUAUGAAUCGGGAAUUCGUUUCAAUAACAUUGUGACUUGUUAAUGGAUGUGGUGGUGGAUAUGAAUUAGGUGUAGCAGAUCUAAACAUUCCAGCAAUAACACCGAAGGGAUUAAAGAAGUACCACAUAAACAAGAUAAGCAAGGCUAUCCAUGGUAUAUUUUUUCGUUGUAACGUAUGAAUUCUAUUAAAGGUUGCUGGUAAGGGCAAGAUAGACUUUUGUCUUUGCCUUGGUUUGAACUUACUACCUCCUGUUUGACCAAACAUUAUUGUGUUGAGAGAGUUGAGCACCAAAAUGUAGAGCAAGGCUGAACUGAAAUGGAUCUCAACGGUUUUCCAUGUGU